AAUGCAAAAUAAAAUAAUUAUUACAGUUUUGUUUGUUGCUGUUUUUUGUGUUUUUGGAAGUGAAGGAUUGCCUAAAGAAUCUAAUUUGGCAUUGAAUAAUGAAAAUAAUUUAACUAAAAAUUGGUUUGAUAUUGGAACUUGUUUUGUUUGCAAAGAAGCUAUUAUCCAAAUGCAGUUUUUCUUAAGUAAUCCAGAAUUUGAAGAAAAAUUACGUAAAUAUAUCAAAGUUAAUUUAUGUCCAAAAUUGGGAAUUUUUAGACAAAUGUGUGAGGAUUUUGUUGAUAAUGAAAUGGCUGAUUUUUUCGAGGAUUUGGAAUUUUAUAUGAAUAAUCCUGAUCUGGCUUGCAUGGAAAUGAAUUUCUGUGGAAAUAAUGAGACAAACAAAAAUAAUGAUAAUAGUACACCAAAAGUUACAAAUAAUUUAUUACACAAAAUAAUUGAAGAAGAAAAAAAUACUCAAGAAAAUGUCGUUACUGAAAAGUAG